AGAAGGGCGCGCUGCGUUGUUGAGAAGUACCUAGCUCUUUCUAGCAUUGGCUACAAGUAUACCGGGGGAGUACAUCGUAGCCCUUUUUAAAGAAGUUAUUUUAUGCAAACAUAAAAAGUAAAGAGUGACGUACAAUAUCAUGGAUUCGUGUGGCGAAGAAAGAAGACAUUUUAUUCUGAUGUGUAGGCUAUUGCUGGACUGCGGGACCGAGGCAGUAAGAGAGGUUUUUGAUAAAAUUCACCCUCCAGUGACCCUCCCAGUGAUACUCUUCAGAAAUAAAUGCCAUUUGUUGAGACUGCGUACGAAGCAUGUUUUAACAAAGCCCCAGUGGACAAAACUGUACCCGGCCACAAAUACAUUUGGACAGUCAAAGGACUUUGACAUAACUCUUCUUUUUAUUUUGUUGAGAAAUGUGUGCAAUCUUUCUCCGCCAGCCAAUGGCUGGGACCAGCUACCAAAGGCAGGUGACACGGGAGUAGUCGACGACUUGGCAAGACUGAAGUGGUGCAGGAACCAUUUGUACGCGCACGUGGAGAGCUCAAAACUUCCGGAGACUUCGUUCAACACUUACUUUCCAGUAAUACAACAGGCUAUACUUCGCCUCGGUGGCCCGCACUGGCAAAGCAAGAUCCUCGCUUUAGAGACAGAUCCAUUGACUGAAAAUGAGGAGACAUAUCUUAAUGUGAUCCGAGAUUGGUACAAGCAAGACCAGGAAGCCAAGAUUAUGUUGGAGAGGCUCCACCAGCAGGGAGAGAAUCUGGCAAUGACGGUCCAAAAACAAUCCGAUCAAAUCGCAGAGCUCGCGACUAGAGUGGAGGAAAUACUGGUGGAAGUGAAAGGGCCUAUAGAUGCAUCAAAAUCACCCAUCAAUGGCCAAUCCUACAUGUAUGAACUAACCUGUCCCCCUGCCAAUAGCCUGGCCAGUCGACCUCGGUGGUGGGCCAAAGUAGCCGAAAUCCUGAAGGAUCUAUACCUGGACCUUUUUACAGAUAUUCAACCUCUUCCUUGGCUGGAUGAGUUCAAGUUUCAGUUUUAUGAAGUGUAUACAGAUUUAGAAAUCAAGAGAAAAUAUAGAUCUGGUCCUUCGGGAGAGCGAGAAGAAGAUCUCACUGAAGCUAGUAAUAUGUUUGCUAGAGAAAGCUCUGGGAGGCAGCCUUGUCGUGUAAGAGUGGAGGGGGAACCUGGUGUAGGCAAAACCUUGUAUUGUCACAAAGUUGCAUAUGACUGGGCGCGGGGUCUUUACCCGCAGUUUGAACUAGUCUUUUUGUUAGAAUGCAAAAAUAUGAGAAAUUCUCUUGUCGAGACAUGUUUUGAUCAGUUACUUCCAGAAGACCUUUUGAUGCAGCUGGGCUACACGCAAACCAUUGAUUAUAAGGAAGUCUUGGAGGAGCUAGCAAAGCAUCAAGAACAUGUUUUGUUUAUCUUUGAUGCUUAUGAUGAACUCCCCGAACACAAAAAGUCCGACAUCCUCAACUUUGACGUCGAUAAAGUUGUGCAUUCUAAAUUAUUGCGAAAAAGCACCGUCCUAAUUACAUCUCGGCCGUAUGAAUGUAACGAAGAUCUUAAGGCGUGUGAGGUAUUUUAUUCCAUCAACGGGUUUUCAGAAACCAACAGAGAUGCCUACGUCUUAAAACACUUCCAAGACGACCCAAAAUCUGGGCAAAAUUUGCUGCAAAAAUUGUCAGAACAACGAAAUGUGUCUGAAAUAUCCUGCAACCCUUUGAAUUUAGUUUUGCUUUGCUUGGUAUGGUCAGUUCAUCAAAGGUCUCUUCCUGAUACAAUCAGCAGAUUGUAUUGGGAAAUAUCUGUUUACAUAAUUAAAAGAUAUUGUGAACGUAACAAAAUAGAAAUGUCUGAUGAAAACAUACCAGAAAAAGUGUUGCCCCUCUUACAGAAACUUGGGAAAUUAGCUUAUGACGGCCUGUGUGACAAUGACACGAUGUCAUUUUCAGUGGCAGACAUCCGUAGGGGUUACUACAAUGUUCAAUUUAUUGAACUAGGGUUUAUGAAGAAGGAAAGGAGCUAUUCAAAAACGUUUGAAUAUACAACGUGUUCGUUUUUGCAUCGCACGUUCCAAGAAGCACUCUGUGCUUGGUAUGUGUCAUUACAGUCCGCCCCAAAUGACACUUUCUUUGUUCGAUGUGCCAGUGGUCCUUCCAACAGGCUCCUAAGCAGAUUUGUUGCAGGGUUCAUGGCUGAAAAGAGCCAGCCAUUGUUCAAUGCACUUGCUCAGGCAGUGCAGACUAUAGAUGCGCCAACUGAGAGUGAAAAAUUGAUUCGAAUUAUGAGGGCAGAAUUGACCAAAUUGGUUUAUGAGAAAUUAAUGAAGAAGAACGAAAGCGCUGAGUGGCUGGAUUUCUUACACAGUGUUGAUGCUGAUAGGUUAUUUCAGAGCAUGGUGAAAGCUGGUAUGUUACAGACUAUAUGUGAAUGUUUUUAUGAAUGCAACAGAUAUAACUUUCUGGAUUGCUUUUCAUGUUCGUUUUGGGAGAUUUUGACUUUGCCCAUUAAUAUGACCUACGAGUUUGAGCAAGGCCUCCGAAAAGUCCUUGAGUAUCAAGAUAAGCUCCCUCAGCAGGUUCCAAAAAUAAUCAACGUAGUCUGUGGUCAAUCAGACGGUGUUUGUGAUACCUUAAGUUAUGCCUGUGCACAAACGUCCUACUUCAAAAGAGUGAAACAGAUCAUUACAGGUUGCAGGUCUGUGGAAACACUUGCGCUUGGGUUAUCAGGUGCCAAAGUUGUUGAUGGUCUUGCCACACUGGCUAAUCUGAUAUGUGAGGUUAUCUCUUCUUUACCAAAUUUGCAAAAGCUUUGUUUGACUAGACUUGACGAUACGGUUGGAAUGGGUGACCGUUGCAGCACUCCACUAUUCGACUACUGCAUUUUAGGCCCCGUGUUUAACACCUUCUCAAACAAUCAGUCCACAGUGAGGGCACUUGAAGUGAAGGGUCAUUUUAAGCAGGUCCCCUUAGAGUUUUUAAAGAAUGCAAAGAAUAUUGAGACGCUUUCAAUCAGUCUCAAUGGAGAAGAAACAGAAGAGAAAAGACCUUUCUGUUCAUGUUUGCCAUGGCCUUAUAAGAUGGAACGAGUCAGUAGAGAUUUUAUUCCAGAGUUGUGCUCGUUUAUGUUGGGCGCAGAGCCAAUUAAGAAGUUGGAUGUCACGUUUAGAAACUGUACGGUAGAUCUCAAAGAAUUCUGCCGGUUAUGCAAAACUAAGGAAACAUUCGAUCAUCUUAGCAUGAGUUUUGGCAAAGACGUUACUGUGACUGAGGGUUCUUGGCAAGAGCUUUCAGCUUUAUUACAAUCACCUGAAAGUAAUCUGUUGGGUUUUAAACUCGAUUUAGGGAGGCAAUCUUUAGAUGAAUCAAGUGUGCUUAUUUUACUGCUGCCUUUACAGCACCCACCUCCCUUUCAGGAAGUUGAGCUCUAUGGCAUUGAGGGUUUUGGUCAUAAUGCCUCGCCCGUUCUUUCGGCCAUAAAGGUACUUGUUGAACAAAAUAGGGAUCUACAGUCACUUGUUGUGGGGUUUGGAGGGCACAACGGAGAAAGAGAUGAUGAAAUCCCAGAUAGCAUCACGACUGCAAUCUUGGAAACUCUUGCAGCGAUCAGUGAGUCUCACAGCCUGAACAGGUUUGAGAUGAUUGGCUGGGAAAAUAUUCCAGGUCUAGGAAAUAGAAUCAAAACGCUGAUUACAGCAGUGACCAACCUGAUCAAAAGCAGUAAAAGCAUCCAAAGAUUAGCAGUAUCAUUCCUAAGUCGAGGUCGAGGUAUAAUUUAUGGUUCAUCAGAUGUCGCCUCGCAUAAUGUUGGAGAAGAAAAUGGCAUUCGCCAUAUUCUUCAGGCUGUUGCCCAGCGCAAUAGAACUUUAGUUUCCCUGGAGUUAUCUGGCUGGGAUGUAAUAUACGGUGGUGGAACCGCAGAUUUUGUGUCUGAUUUGACAGACAUAAUCAAACAAAAUCGGGUUCUUAGAAAGAUCUCUGUCCAAUUCUUACAAAAAGAGAGCGUGUUAUUUCAUGAGGCUUCAGCAAAAGCACUGCUUGCAGCUCUACCAAAGGACGAUGCCUUAGAGUCUUUUGUGUUGGACGGGCUGGUAGUCUCGCCCAAAGUUUUGGCACUAUUCAAGGAAUUCCAAAGACCUAAAUCACUGAAGAAUGCUGAAUUCAAAUUGAUUGCCGAAUCUGGUGAAAAUUCUACAUUUGAUGAAGCUGUACAGAGUUUGUCGGAUUCGGUCAUUCAGAUGUUUCUGUAGGUGAAAAUGUCUAUUGUUUUACUUUUUGGGUGAUAUUUCAGGAAAACUUGUUAAGUUCAAUUUCCCCAGACUUUAGAAUGUAAGUUAAAUAUUGCAAAGGGAAGUUGAUGUGCAUUAUUAAAAAUCCUUUGUUGAAACUAUCACAUUUGGUACAAUGGCUAUGAUCUUACAUUAUUGAUGAAUGUACAAUUUUGAGAUGUUCAACGCCAUGUAUCAUUGAAAUACAUAAACAACAGAUUGAUGUGAACAUCAGAAAUAUUUUUAUAAAAUAUAUUUGAACUCAUUGCUUUAUACUUGAAGAAUUUCUCACAUUAUACCUGUAAAAUAGCAUGUUGACUUAGCGGUUGCACUAGUAUUUCUGAUCUUCUUUUGCUGGUUUUUGUAAUGAAUUUUUUAAAUUGCAAAUAUUUCUUAUAUGGUCUUCAUCAUUUACGCCCAUGCAGUAUGCAAGCGUCAGUUUUAUGAACUGCAAGCCAAAUUGAAUUUGUAAGCUUCAAAGUUUUAUGAAUUUAUAACUAAUAUAGUAUGAGUCCCAAUUAAAGGUGUCCAGAUUUGGAAGAA